AACGUUAAAGUAUUAAAUUUUAAAUAAAAAAUAUCAAAAUAACAUUGAUAAGUCUCAGUGAUUACCGCUAUAAUAAAUUCUAUGGAUUACUCGUCGCGAAUUUACGAUAUUGAACAUUUUUCAUUGUAAAUACGUUAUCAUUACUGUGUUGUUACGUGAUGACAACAACGAUCGGGUUAAACAGUUUUUGAACCAUUCUGGAUUUCUCCUGGUAAUUUAGAUUUUAAGCCUGCGCCCUAUGCUAGAAUUAAGUUUCUUCUUAUAAUUUAUAAUUCAACAUAUAUUGUAAGUAAAAUUUAUCCGUUAUUGCUAAAUUCAUGCUUGUCUAGUUAAGACGUCACAUAAUCUAAACUCAAUGCUAUUCAGUACUAAUGUUGACUGAUUCUGAAAUGUUUAAAUAUUAAUUUUUAUGGACCUGAUUGAUUAUGUGUGAUAAUUUAAAAGAUUUUUAUAUAUAUGUCUGGAGAUAAUAAACAAUCUGUCAAUGGCCAUGGAAUGGUUAGUAUUGAGCUAUUGCCUUUAGAAAUUAUCGCCAACAUUGUGAGCUAUUUGGAUGUGGCAGACAUAGUGUCUCUUAGUUGUGUUAACCGGCUGUGGCGUACUGUGUUCAUGAACCAGAAUGUCAUCUGGAAGCGAGUAUGCAUUGAGCUGGAUCUUUGCGAUGACACUGAAUAUGGCGGUGGUAAUUGCCCUUAUACAGAUGACUGGUUGCCUGGCCAUGGCCCCACGUUUCUUAACAAAACAGUGUCUGCGUCACCCAGGUAUGUGGUUCUCAUGUCGACUAAAACAUUUGGACAGCCUUGCCGCUGGUGGAGAGUAUACAACCGAUACAAUAUUGUGCUCCAUAACCUGAUCUCCGAUAACUAUUCAAUAGUCACUGUGCCAUACCCGUCUCGACCAGUUAAGACGCAUUGGUGUGAUGGCAAUUAUGAAGUAAUGGUUGGGUGCCGACAAUGUUUUCUGCCUGUGUUGAUUAUGUUGGUGGAUGGAUCUGCAUCUGAGUUCAAGCACGUGCCAUUGGACACGCCUGAUACAUUCAAUAGGCUGUUCGCCCAUUACUCUACAGAAAAUUCCCCCAAAGUGAUGGGUAAUGAUAAUUUCCUAGUGCUGGAGAUCCACUCGGUAGUAUUUGUAUUUGAAAUUGACAACAGUCAACAUUUUCAGUUCCGUUACGCUAAAACUGUAGGCAAGCAAGACUGCAAUGUCAGCGCUAUAUCUUGUGACAUCAAUACCAACAGCAAUAAUAAUACUCACAUAAUUGGAGCUUCUACCACUGCUACUGAGAAUAGACCUUCAAACUGCCACAUCCAAGAACCUUUUGAAAUACCUGACAAACAGUUUUUACAAGCUCACGCCGAUAGUAGGAUAGCAUUAUAUGGUGAUAAACUGGUUGUCGUCCACCCCAAAAAAAACAUGCUAUUUCUAAUUGACUUGAAUUCAGGCCAAGUUUAUAAACAAUUAGAAUACACCGCGGUUGACUGUUAUGUGGAUUGCUUAUCAUUCUAUGAGAAUUUGAUUUUAUUGGGCCUGGGCACUAGAGAGACUCCUAACUUCUUUAUAGUACCACAAUUCUUUAACCAGCGAAACCUGGUCGUCAUUUAUGAUAUAGCGACAGAUCAGAGGCAUGAGAUCGAAAUUCCAGGCCCCAUCACCCGGUUCCGAUGUAAUCACGCACUUGUUGCUGUUGAGACGCCAAUAUCAUAUUCAUCAGCAUUCAUCCGACGACCGGAUUUCUCAGUGUUUUUCAUUAAUUGUUAUUCGUUUGCACUGUCGCCUUCUGGUAAAUAUAUUUUCUACAUAGGCUCUAAAACCCACUAUCGCAACAGGCAUGACAAUAAUAAUAUCAAUGGUGGUAAUGGUGUUAAUAACAACAACGAAGUCAAUCAUGAAAACCACUUCAACGGUAUUCUCAGUAAUAACAAUACUAUGAUUUUCUCCCAGUCAUUAUACAAAUCGUCUGUGGUCCAACCAUCCACAUGGAUAGACAUUGAGCUGACCACUGGGAUCACGCGAUUCUCUUGCUUAGAGGCAAUUAACGACCGAUUUGUGGUUUUAAAUGCAUUGUCACCAUCUAGGUCACUGGAGGUUUUUGAUACAAAAAACCAAGUAGUCGUCAAGAGCCUAGCUAAACACAAGGACCACAAAUUGCGAUAUGUGGGAAAACGUUUCCUGGUGACCAACAACCAAAGGGAGGUGACACUUAUUGGGUAUGGGUAGCUAUCUGAUCCAACUUUGUCUCUUUUAUAUAUCUCAGAUCAAGGAUUACUAGUAUGUAUAAUUCUCAAUGAUGAUCUUAUUUUACUCUAGCUAUUUUGAGACGAAUGCUGAAAUACAGCCUGUCUAUGUUGAUAUAAGGUCACUAUUUAUAUAGUCAUCAAUCAAGUCUUCUUACUUCAAAUGUCACUUUGGUUCUAUAAUUUAUUAUUAUCUUUCAGUGAAAAAAGCAUUACCAUAUUAGAUCUACAUUGAUAAUGUCAAAGUUUUUUUUACUUUGAAUUGUAUUAUAAUAAAUUCAUCAUUAAAUGAUGAUAUAAUAUAAUGAUAAUAUACAAAUUUUGUUACUAACUUUUGUAUAACAAAUAUAUGUUGUAUUAUUACCUUUUGGAAAAAUUUUUAUUUAAAAGAUUGUUACUUUGUAAAAAAAAGUUUUAUAUGUUGAUAUUAAUAUUGUUAAUUUAUUAUAGCUAAUUUUUUUAUUUUCUUAUGUUUAUAUGACCAUCAGUGUUUGAAAGAAUAAGAAUAAGAAUAAGAAUAAGAGGAUUUUAAUUUAUAUUGUUAUUUUAUUUUAUUGUUGUUAAAAAAUUUUAUGACUUAUUAGUUCUCACAAAUAUAAAAUAAAUGUUUUUAUUUUCA